GGCUGCGCACACCGGGGUGGGGCGUCUGGCGCUGAUGCAAGAGACGAACGCGGCGGCUUCGCGGGAGACGAGUGCCGGUUCGCGGGCUGCAGAGAAGUGACUGGCGCGGACUGACCCGAGUCGCCCUCCGUCCCGAGCCCGGGGCCGCGGCCAUGUCGGGAGACGAGAUGAUUUUCGAUCCCACUAUGAGCAAGAAGAAGAAGAAAAAGAAGAAGCCUUUUAUGCUGGAUGAAGAAGGAGGAGACACUCAAGCAGAAGAGACCCAGUUGUCUGAAACAAAAGAAGUGGAACCAGAGCCAGCAGAGGACAAAGAUGUAGAAGCAGAUGAAGAGGACAGCAGGAAGAAAGAUGCAUCAGAUGACCUGGAUGACUUAAACUUCUUCAAUCAAAAGAAGAAGAAGAAAAAAACCAAAAAGAUGUUUGAUAUAGAUGAAGCAGAAGAGGGUGUAAAGGAUUUAAAGAUUGAGGGAGAUGUGCCAGAGUCAGUAGAACCUGAAGAUGACUUUGGUAUCAUGCUUGGUAAUAAAAAGAAAAAGAAGAAGAAUGUGAAAUUUCCAGAUGAAGAUGAAAUAUUGGAGAAGGAUGAAGCUUUGGAGGAUGAAGACAGCAAAAAAGAUGAUGGAAUUUCUUUUAGCUUUCAGACUGGACCUGCAUGGGCAGGAUCAGAAAGGGACUACACUUAUGAUGAGUUGCUGAAUCGAGUAUUUAACAUCAUGAGGGAAAAGAAUCCAGAUAUGGUAGCUGGGGAAAAAAGAAAAUUCGUCAUGAAACCUCCACAGGUUGUAAGAGUAGGAACCAAGAAAACAUCAUUUGUCAACUUUACAGAUAUCUGUAAACUAUUACAUCGUCAGCCAAAACAUCUCCUGGCAUUUUUGUUGGCAGAAUUGGGUACAAGUGGCUCAAUAGAUGGUAACAAUCAACUUGUAAUCAAAGGAAGAUUCCAACAAAAACAGAUAGAAAAUGUCCUGAGAAGAUACAUCAAGGAGUAUGUCACCUGUCAUACGUGCCGGUCACCAGACACAAUCCUACAGAAGGACACCAGAUUAUAUUUCUUGCAGUGUGAGACCUGCCACUCUCGCUGCUCUGUCGCCAGCAUCAAAACUGGUUUCCAGGCUGUCACAGGCAAGAGAGCACAGCUCCGUGCCAAAGCUAACUAGUUUGCUAAUCUACACUGGAUUUUGCAAAGUGUUCUGGGGAGAGAUGACUGGACAGGUUUGCAAUCGGAGUGGAUUUACCUUUUAUUAAAAAAAAGAUUGUAAAAGCUACCAAGAAAUUUGGCUUUUGAUUGGUUGGUCUAUGAAAUCCUUGCAAGAUGCAGAUCCUCAAGCUGUUCACAUUUGCUCAUUGAAUAUAUUUUAUCAACUGUCAGAGAAACGUGAUGGAAAGGAGGUGGUUUUUAAUCUAUUCAGAGUUCUGUAAAAGCGCAAGAUAAAUUAAAGAUAUUAUAACAGAGAGAGUCUUUCAUUUGUAUUUUUCCUUUUUUUCUCCAUAAAUUGUAUCUAAUAAUUGCUGCAAACAGUUUCACUAUGAUUACAUGCAGAGUCUAAAACUGAAUUAUUUCCAUGAGAGCAGAAUAAGACCCAAGGUGCACUUUUGAAGUAUGUUUUCUUUUUCUGUAGCAGACUUCUUUUUAGGGAGCUUAUAGUUUGAACAGAAGAGCCACUUUUACAAAAGGAAUUACUGGUUAGUAUCAUGUAAUGUCAAGAUAAUCUGUUCUUUAAUGAAUUUAAGAAUUCCUAACCUGCUUGACUGCUAUGAGAAAUGGGAGUGGGCUAAAUGCAUCUGGACACUUUGGUGCAGUUUAGUAAGGGAGGGCAUGCUUUUGAGGUAGUUCAAAAGAUGAGUCCUGGGUGCUUUGUAUGUACUAUAUCUCAACAUUAUGAGUAGAUGGAGCUACAUUGUAUUGUAAACUUUGCACACUAUCAUUGUACUAAAUUACUGACACUUAGAGAAAUACAUGCAUCUUAUUUAUUCUUGUGCUUUGCACCACUUCAAAAAGAAGUUGAAUUCGAUGCAGUAAAAAAAUGAGAAGGGCUACAGGUAAUGCUGUUUACAGGUAACACUUAUUGCAUACUGGAUCCUUUGUAAAUGGAAGUGCAAAAUUAGUGUCAAGUUAAAGGCAGAUAGUCGCAGGCAGUUUUGGUUGAUAUACUGAAGCUGCACACUGUAAAACAUGCAUUACUUUCCACUACUAACAGACCUCCUUCAGAGGAGAGAGGUCCAGCAAGGAGAAUUGAAUCCACAUGAGUCCUUCACUCCAAUCUGCAUAUUUACAUUUUAAUAUCUGGGACAUGUAAUAAUGCUAUCACCUUUUUGAUUCUUCUGUUGCUGUAAUUUAGUCAGAACUGUUAAAUACCAGCUGGGAAUAGGGGAGCACACUUCCUAGUACUACACUGGGAUUCCAUUUUAUUGACUCCUAAAAUCAAAGUGUAAUACCAGCAUAGGAAAUAAUUUGGCAGAGAGUUAGUAGUUAUGAUGGGACUUGCUGGUGUUUUGCUGCAUGUAACCAUAGUAUCUGUUUAUCUGAGUAAAUACAGUCAUUCUAAAUUUAAUGAUUCAUCAAAUGUCUGAAAUUGAAGGAUUUCUGUUCUGAGUUUUAACCUUUAUUUGUAUAUAUACUAAUAUACAAUCCAGUUUUGCUGGCAAAUCAUUUUUAUUUGCAAUUUGAAAACUACUUGACAACACAGUAAGGUUUGAAGUCAAGGUUCUGUAGCUGGUUUCUUAAAAGCAUUUUGAAUUGGAAGAGUGAACUAUAACAAAUGUUGGAUGUAUCUUUAAGUGAAUAAAGCCAGGAUCAGUGCCUCUUGUGUAACAUCA